AGAAGGCGCAAAUAAGUACGGGGGCAGCCACGAGCUUUCCAAAGAUUAUAUUUUAGUCACAUCCCUGAAGAGAUUCUGCUGCACCCGUCUCUGCAAUCCAGUAGACAACGAGAGGAAAGAACCAGGUUCCAACUGAACAUGUGAGAGUCUGGGGCUCCCUGACUGAGCUGAUGCCCAGAGUGCUGGAUCUGGGUUAGUCAGCAACCUAACAAAAGCUAGUCCCAUCACACGCACAGAAGCCGUCAGGACACUCGGCUACAUCACACACACAGCAAUUCUUUUUGUAAAAUCCUGCUUCCUCAAUCCUGUGUAUAUAUUGGAUUUUGGUGUUUAAGUUGAAGCUAUGAAGACUAAGUCCACCUGUGCUCAGAAUCCAAAUUGCAGCAUAAUGAUAUUUCGUCCAACCAAAGAAGAGUUUAACGACUUUGACAAAUACAUCGCCUACAUGGAGUCCCAAGGGGCACACAGAGCUGGACUGGCCAAGGUCAUCCCGCCAAAAGAAUGGAGGGCCAGGCAGUCUUAUGACAAUAUCAGUAACAUCUUAAUAGCAACUCCCCUGCAGCAAGUAGUCUCCGGGCAGGCAGGUGUGUUCACUCAAUACCAUAAGAAGAAGAAAGCCAUGACAGUUGGGCAGUACCGGCACCUGGCCAACAGUAAAAAAUACCAAACCCCACCACACCUGGAUUUUGAAGAUUUGGAGAGAAAAUACUGGAAGAAUCGCCUGUAUGAGUCACCAAUUUAUGGUGCUGACGUCAGUGGCUCCCUGUUUGAUGGGAAGACUCAACAGUGGAAUGUGGGCCACCUGGGAACAAUUCAAGACCUAUUGGAACAGGAAUGCGGCAUAGUGAUUGAGGGCGUCAACACGCCCUACCUGUACUUUGGCAUGUGGAAGACCUCCUUUGCGUGGCACACGGAGGACAUGGACCUGUACAGUAUCAACUACCUGCACUUUGGACAGCCCAAGACCUGGUAUGCUGUACCCCCUGAGCAUGGCAGGCGCCUGGAGCUCCUAGCCAAGGAACUCUUCCCAGGCAGCUCCCAGGGCUGCCAGGCCUUCCUGAGGCACAAGGUGGCGCUCAUCUCACCCACUGUGCUCAAGGAGAAUGGCAUCCCCUUUGGUCGAAUCACCCAGGAGGCUGGGGAGUUCAUGGUCACCUUUCCCUAUGGCUACCACGCGGGCUUCAACCAUGGCUUCAACUGUGCAGAAGCCAUCAAUUUCGCCACGCCGAGGUGGAUUGACUAUGGCAAGGUGGCAUCUCAGUGCAGCUGUGGGGAGGCCAGGGUGAGCUUCUCCAUGGAUGCCUUUGUGAGGAUCCUGCAGCCUGAGCGAUAUGAGAUGUGGAAACGAGGUCAAGAUCAGGCAGUUGUGGACCACACAGAGGCUAUGGGGCCUACCAGUCAGGAGCUCACCACCUGGCGGGUGAUCCAGGCACCAAGAAAAACUUGGGGCCUGAAGCAUCUCCGGCUUCGCCAGGUUUCACGCUGUCUUCUGCCUGUAGCCACUGACAGUAACAUUGCCAACAACACCCAGAUGUGCCACACCUCCAGGCAAGCAGCAGAUUCGAAAGGUGAUGAGGUCCAGGAGUCUGACCCAGCCAUAGCCCCACCAUAUCCUCUGGGUCUAUCUUCUCCUGGCCACAUGUCAACUGGAAAACGUGGUCUUGGUCGUCGCCCUUGUGAACUAGGAGUUCAGGAGUCCACCAAUGGAGCUCCAGUCAAGAGGCGACUUCCAGAAGGCAGAGAUGACAGAAGUCCCAGCCCAGAGCUUCAGUCCCAGUCCGUGACUGGAGACUUAAUAGUCAACUCAGACCUUGUAAAUCCUGGGCCACAGCAUCCUGUGACAGCUUCUGAAGGGGGAUUGACCUCUGACCCCUAAACCUAUGUCCUGACUUACAGCUCAUUGCCCCGCACUCAGGAUGCUCUCUAAGGCCAUUACCUCAGUUUUGACUGAGUUUGCAGGGCACUGGCUACACCUGAGAGAGUUCCUUGUCAGUUCUAACUCCUAAACACACCCUGCCCCUUCCUCCUUCCGGAACUCGGCCAGCUCUGGAUACUGCUAACUCCUGCUCUUCCAGGAGAUAUUUCAUUGGCUGCUCCUUUUGAGUUUCUGAGAGCCAAGUUCAGCUGAGACUGCUCAGUGCUCAUCUUCCCUCCCUCUGCCAUUUCUUGCAAAUGUCUAACUGUUGACACUAGAUGACUACUCACAAAGGAAGUAGUCACAAAAAAGGUCAAAAGUCAUUUGAGAGUCACAGAUGAUCUCUCAAACUUGAUGUAUUAAAAUGUGUCUCACCCGGCUUUCACAAAUAAAGGCAAAGCAGUCAAAAGCUUA